AUGUCCGCCAGCGAGCAGCCAUCCCCAUCACCUACCAGUUCCCGACACCGUAACCAUGCCUCACUUUAUACGACUGCCUCAGGCAUCGCAGAUAGCGUCGUUAGUGCUAGUUCAUUCGUCACCGGCGAAUCCCUCCGUCUUUCCCGAUUUCCACCUCCCCCUACCUCAAUCCCACCGUCACCGAUCGUGGAUUAUUCCAAGGGCGGACAUAGCCCUACGACUCCCACCAGCAGAGACUUCGGCGGCUCUCCUUGGCCUUCUCCCUCCCGAGCCAAUUCCUCACCUUCGAUUCCCAGCCCCGUUCAUGCUUCCAGUCCGCUCGCCCUCUACGGCAAAGACGCGCUACCCAGUCCAACGCAAGCCGGCCCAUCGAAUCCACCUCCUACUCCGAACCUCGGAGCCCUCCCUCCUGUUCCUCCAUUUCGGUUCCCUCCCCCUCGUACGCCGCCAGAACGACCAGGUCAACGCGAUAGAAGAGAUAUCACGGAACAGGUACCGUCUUCUCCCAAAUCCCAAACCACACUGUCUCCCUACGACUGGCAUGAAGGCUCCUCGAGCAUCUCUGUCGACCCUUCCGAGGAACGCCUGCUGUCCACGGCGUUCAUCACGAACCUGUUGGCCCCCGCGCACUCGGCGGGAUCGAACGAACAACAUAAUCAGGAGCCUGGCACUCCCUCCGUCAUAUCCUCCAGCGGCCUUUCUGAGAUCUCAUAUCCGCCACCAUCAACGUACGGGCUGCGUAAUCACAACAACUACACACCGUCUCCUCUCCACACCACCCACAAACAUAACCCGGAAACUCUCCAUGCCCCUCCACCCUCUUACGAGGCCGUCGACCAAAGUAGAAUCUCACCAUCGCCGUCAAAUAACACUUUUGCUGAUACAGAUGGCGCACACUCCGACACUUACGAAGCCGAUCCCCGAACAGUUCCGCGCCUGGCGAGGAAAGUGUCCCUGAUCGGAAUCACAUCUGCGGAGUUGCAGCAUCUGCCACCCCCUGAGCGUCGCGACAGUGCCUCUCCCUCGAGCGGCACGGGCUCCAACCCCUUCACGUUCGACAGUUCCGCCCCCUUGUUUCCUCGCGAUGGCCAGCAGCAGAGACCGCUGUCGGCCCUGCACGAGGUCGAGCUGAGCUCGCGCGACAGUGGGAUCGAGAUGGAUAUCAGGACGCCGGAGAUUCCGAACCCGCCAGCAAACACGCCCGGCUCGCGCUCGUUUCAGCAGAGUCGGGAACGGAGACAGUCGUCGCAGUCGAAUAGGAGUACCACGGCGGCGUCGUUCAUCUCGAGGUUAUCGAAUUCGGCUGUGGCGCAGCGGUCCGCACGAAUGAUGAGGCAGACGAGGGAAGCGUUUCGCGUUAAGCCUCUUCCCCCUGUUCCUACGAUCGCGAAUAUCUCGGUCUCGCAGGAACAGAGCUAUAGGCGGAUGGACGAUGCGGCGCCAUUGCCACAGCUUGUGCAGCGUGCGGAUAUGUUGAACGAUAUGCUCGGCGAGGGUCGUCUUCCGCAUCAGAGCGUGCUGUCGUACGAUCCACGGACAGAUACGUACCGUUCUGGAGGAGACCCGUACAAGUAUGCGGACGAUGCGAAUGCGACGGCGUACGCUAGCGGAAUGCGAAGAUCUGCGGGCGGGAGGAAGAGGGCGAGUUUGGCGGGUCUGGAUGCUGUGAUCAAUGCGUCAGGUGUGCCAAGUCCGUCGAAGGAGAAGGGUCUGUUCAUGAUCAAUCGAAUACCUCAAUCUCGGAGAACGAAGAUCUUGGUGUUUUCGGGGAUCUUGGUGGCCUUGAUUAUCGUCGCCAUCGUCGUCGGUGUUGUCGUCGGCCGGAAGAAGACAGAUAGCGGUCUGCCGUCUUGUUCCUCCACGAAUGUGACUGGGAGCAACUGCGACAUCAAUGCGACCUGCGUAUGCACCUCGACCACCAGUUGCACGGCUUUGGCACAGAAUAUCGUUGAAUUGACACCAUCUAUGAACACGUUGUUCGACGUCAACUACACCACAAACUCAGUGGCGGCCGUCAUGUUCACAGCUUUUGGCUCGCCGGUUAACAGCGACUGCAGGCAACAAGCUAUCAUCGUCGACGUCGCCCCGGGCCUCAGUUCGUCGACUUACCCCAAUCGGACGACAUGGGCCCAAGCUGCACUCCUAUGGAGCUUCGUACGAUCGCAGAACACGACCGAAGUGGCCAAACUACAGGACUUUGUGCAGGGUGCAGAUUGGUCCAGUCUGAGUUCCGGAGAUGGACCGGUGUCUACCUCGUCGACCUUUGAGACGACGGUGCUCGGAUACACCUUUGAUUUUGCCGCGCAGACUGUUACACCGCCAGAAACGUCUUUUGAGGUCGAUGGUCAACCUUCUAGCUCUCAGAUCUCGCAGGUUUCCGAUGUUGGAGAGUCUGUAUUGGACCGAAUGUAUGCGUUUGCACAUGCUUCUUCGACUCAGCGUGCGACAGCCAUGGCUUCGUACUGGGUAUCAGAACUUCAGCAGGAUGCAUCUCAGUUUAGCCGAUUUGUAUCCCUCGUCAAGUCUGCGCCCAUCCUCCUGCCCUUCGAUGCCACUUCAGCCCCUGGUGGUCAGAACGUCAGCUCACUCCUCACCAACUCGACAUCGGAUCCUUUUCCGCCACCUCUUUCUUGCUAUCCGGGCCUAACAACGGACCAAACGGAGUUGCUUAACUCCGUGGAGACCUCCGUAUUCGGACUCGGGUUGGCAUCUUCACAGUCAACCUUCGACAGCAGCUGCUAUCCGAACAGACCAAUAUACGGCGUUCUGGAUAUCCUUCAACUUCGCCUUCCAUUUCCUGACUCGACAUUUAACGUGUCCAGGCAAGCUGCUGUGCUGAAUAGUGACGUUUCUCCGCGGGCCAUAGUGUAUAGUGGCGGUCUACUUAGCGCACUCCCCGAUGGUGCGGCGACCACCCCAUCUUCAUCUUCCCUCGAUCCUCGCGAGUUCGGCACGGUCAACCAUCUCAACCACAUCCUCCUGAAUUUCUUCGCCGCCAUUCCGGACAUCAACAUCGCCCGAAGUCUUGCCAAAUGGGUUCUCCAGGACUCUCCCAUCCCUCCAUCGAGUGACACAGUCCUCGGACAAAGCCUGGACUCAAUACCGUUAAUUGAAGUCGCCGUAUUCGGGUCCGUCGUUCCCAGUGACGUUGCGUAUGCCGUCUCGUCAUUAGCGACCCCUACGGGGGAUCUCUUUUUCGGCUCGGACGCGUCGCUUGCGCUUCGGGAAUGGGCUAUCGAUGGGACGGGGACGAGGGUUGCGUGGACGGAUUCUGCGCUGGCCUCGGAGAUCGUCGACGACAAUAGUCUCUCGAAUGAUCAAUUCAACGCCGUGUGGGACCCCGCAUUCGCUUUCUUCCACACGACCAACGACGCUGUCGUCAACGUGAGCAACAUCACCAGUGGUUUCACUGGGGAGGGUUUGUUCACUCCUUCUAUUUCCUCUUCUUGA